CGCCGGCUUUGGCAUUAUUUUCAUUUGCAAAUUUGAUAAAAAAUUGAUUUAACUUAUUUCAUCAUUUUACAAAAAAUUCCAAACAAAAAACAACUGCACUCAAAAUUCAGUUGCAUUUCAUCAUUCAUUCAUUAAAUAACUAAAUUCAACAGAGUUUUUGUUUGAUUCAAGUGUAUUUAAAGAACAAAAUACCAAAAUGGUCGUACGUCCAUACAACGAUGAAUUAAAAUAUUUGGAAAAAGUUUCCGACUAUUGUUGGAAAAUCAAAAAAGGCUUCCAACCCAACAUGAAAGUCGACGGUUGUUUCUAUGUCAAUUCUCGAUUGGAAAAACUAAUGUUGGAUGAAUUGAGGAAUUCCUGUCGUCCCGGCGCUGUGGGUGGCUUUUUGCCAGGUGUCAAGCAAAUUGCCAAUGUUGCUGCUUUGCCUGGGAUCGUUGGCAGAUCGAUUGGUCUGCCUGAUAUCCAUUCCGGGUAUGGCUUUGCCAUUGGCAAUAUGGCAGCAUUCGAUAUUGAUGAUCCAUUGAGUAUUGUCUCGCCGGGCGGAGUUGGUUUUGAUAUAAAUUGUGGGGUGCGUUUGUUGCGAACCAAUUUGUAUGAAAAAGAUGUGCAACCGCUUAAGGAACAGUUGGCACAGUCUUUAUUUGAUCAUAUUCCGGUGGGUGUGGGUUCAAAGGGUAUUAUUCCAAUGAAUGCCAAAGAUUUGGAAGAGGCUUUGGAAAUGGGAAUGGAUUGGUCAUUGAGGGAGGGUUAUGUUUGGGCAGAGGAUAAGGAACAUUGCGAGGAGUAUGGUCGCAUGUUGAACGCUGAUCCUUCGAAGGUCAGUAUGAGGGCGAAGAAACGUGGUCUGCCUCAGUUGGGAACACUUGGAGCUGGAAAUCAUUAUGCGGAGAUUCAAGUUGUUGAGGAGAUCUAUGACAAAUGGAGUGCUAGCAAAAUGGGAAUUGAAGAAAAGGGACAAGUCUGUGUAAUGAUUCAUUCGGGAAGUCGUGGUUUCGGUCAUCAAGUUGCCACUGAUGCUCUUGUUCAAAUGGAAAAAGCUAUGAAGAGAGAUAAAAUUGAAACUAAUGACAGACAAUUGGCCUGUGCCAGGAUAAACAGUGUCGAAGGCCAAGACUAUCUUAAGGCCAUGGCUGCCGCAGCCAACUUUGCCUGGGUCAAUCGCAGUUCCAUGACUUUCCUAACACGACAGGCUUUUGCUAAGAUGUUCAAGACUACACCUGAUGAUCUAGAUAUGCAUAUAAUCUAUGAUGUUUCGCAUAAUAUUGCAAAGAUUGAGAAUCACAUGGUCGAUGGAAAGGAGAAGAAAUUGUUGGUCCACAGGAAGGGUUCUACACGUGCAUUCCCACCACAUCAUCCUCUAAUCCCAGUUGACUAUCAAUUAACUGGUCAACCAGUUCUUGUUGGUGGAACAAUGGGUACCUGUAGUUAUGUCCUUACCGGAACCGAAAAAGGAAUGUUGGAAACUUUUGGAUCAACUUGUCAUGGAGCAGGUCGUGCUCUAUCUCGUGCCAAAUCACGUCGUAAUCUCGAUUAUAAACAAGUUCUAGAAAAAUUAGAAACAAUGGGUAUUGCAAUUCGUGUGGCAUCACCCAAGUUAGUCAUGGAAGAGGCACCAGAAUCAUACAAAGAUGUCACUGAUGUGGUGGAUACAUGUCAUAUGGCAGGAAUAAGUAAAAAAUGUAUAAAACUUCGACCAAUUGCUGUAAUAAAGGGAUAAAAGUUGCUGAUAAUUGAUUUUUUUUUAUAUUUAAUUUAAGAAAUAAACGAAUCUAACGAUAAAA